AUGUCGCAAUCACAAUUCAAAUUCGCCAACUCAGAUGCCGAAGUGCCAGGCAACGGUACUCUUCCUUCAGAGUUUACCAUCAAAGCACCAGCUUCCACAGAUAUAUGGGCCAAGCCGCCCUCCACCUUCCGCUUCUCAGCCCCGAUCUUGUACAGGUCUAUGCCGCUGAAGUCAUUCAAGCGGGCCCGCGUCGCCUUCAAUGCCCAUUGGGAGAAGAACUAUGAUCAGGGUGGCCUAAUUCUCAUCCUAAAUACCGCCGAUGGUGGUCAGAAGUGGGUGAAGAGUGGCAUUGAACUCACCCAUGGCAGACCCCACCUCAGCGUCGUUGCCAAAGACAACUGGGCGGAUUGGAGCUUGCUCCCAGUGCCCUCAGGUGGUAAUCUGGCAACCCUUGAGCUGGUUAAGGAAAAGGACAACAGCCUGUGGAUCUAUCUUGUGGAGGGUUUGGAGAAGUCUCCUAUCCGGGAGGUCACUUGGGUCUUUGAGGAGGAGAAUGUGAAGGACUUGUGGGUUGGUCUCUAUGCUGCCCGGCCCUCAAAUGAGGGUGGGGAGUUGCCUGUCCAUUUUGGUUCCUUGGUUAUAGACCAGGAAUAG